GGGGCCGGAGGCGGCUUCAGCGCGGCUCUAUCGCGACCGGGUCGCGGCGCUGUCGCGACAGCAAGUGGGGCGGCGCCGGGGGGGUGGGGGCGUGGCGGGCGCAUGACGGAGCUGCCCGGGGAGAACGAACCGGCGGGACCCCCCGAGCCGCCCCCCGCCGGCCCCGGGGCCGGGCACGGCAGCAAGAUGCAGCGGCUGAAGCGGUCGCUGUCCCUCCGGACGCUGCUGCGGAGCAAAAGCGUGGAGAGCCUCUUCCCGCGGCCGGGCGGGGGGGUGCAGGGCCCCGGGACCCCCCCGUCCCCCCCGCGGACACACGGCUUCCAGCAGUACGUCUUCAAGAAGCAUUGCCCCUGCGAGCUGUGCCGGCAGCUCAUCGCAGGCAACUCGCGGCAGGGCCUGCGGUGCAAGGCGUGCAAGGCCGGCGUGCACCUCUGGUGCUCCGAGGGGAUCUCGCACCAGCAGUGCCCCGGCAAGACGGCCACCUCUUUCCGCCGUAAUUUCAGCUCGCCCCUGCUGCUGCCAGAGCAGGGGGGCUCUGCGCAGGGCUCGCCCCCCACAGACCGCAGCGCGAGGGUGGACCCGGUGUACGAGGCGCUGCGGUUCGGCACCUCCCUGGCACAUGGCGCCGGCUCCAUGGAGCUGCCCCCCAGCAUCCAGGGUGAGAAGGCAGCGGCUGGGGAGGAGAGCGGGGACACCACGAGCAGUGCGGGGAGCCCGAGCGGCAGCGCAGCUGUCACCCUGGCAGAGAGGGAUGGUGUGGAGGAAAAGAGCCCUGGGCAGCAGGCUGCCCGGCGGCCGGUGCGGCGGGACGGGGCGCCCAUGUUCUCCUACGUGGCUCUCUACAAGUUCGUGCCCCAGGAGCACCAGGACCUGGCGCUGCAGCCCGGGGACAGGGUCACGCUGGUGGACGACUCCAAUGAGGACUGGUGGAAGGGGAAGGUGGGCGACCGGCUGGGCUUCUUCCCGGCCAACUUUGUGCAGCGCGUCCGUCCCGGCGAGAGCGUCUGGAGGAGCUGCCGCGCCGUGCAGGGUGACAAGGAGCAGGGGCGCAUGAGCCUCAGGGAGAACCAGAUCUGCGUCGGCGUGGGCAGGACCCAGGGCCUCGUCCGGGUGACCAGCGGGAAGAAGCGGGGGCUGGUCCCCGCCGAGGCGCUGACCGAGAUCUGAGGGGCAGCAUCCGGCCCCCCAUCCCCGGUGUCCCCAUCCCCGCGCCUCCACCUCCCCAGGAUCACCGCGCCUCAGGAACCCCGUCCGGGUGGUACUUGACUCACGCCCAGCCAUGCUUUGGGGGGGGGGGCCUGUCCCCAGCGUCCCCAUCCCGCAGGGGUCCCACCCGAGGCACGCGCUCGGCUGGCAGGGGACACAGGGGUGACACACCCCCCCCCCAGGGUGGCACUGCCCACAGACGGGUCACCCCCACGGCUGCUCCCACGCCGCGGCGUGCGCGGAGGCGGCGGUGGGGGAGCGCGUGCACGGCAGCGCGGGUGUGCAAAGCCCCUUGCGUACACCCGGGCACGCGCCUCUGCUGGGGCACGCGCAGGUGCGGCUCCACGCGCGCGCACUCCGGAGCCGUGCGGCCCCGUAUCUGUGCACUAACACACGCGUGUGCAGCCCCACGUGCACGUGCCCUGCCUUCGGCUCGCCCAAGCAAUAACCCGCCCCCCCCCGCCCGGGCACCUCCUGGCCCCGCUCCCGGCGUGCUCCGGCCCAAGAUCCGAAAUUAAACGCUGCUGCCG